GUACUGUCAGAGUUUAUGAUUACAUAUCUAAGACUCAAUUAUGUCAGAUGAAAUUCAGUGCUGGUGGUAGUGUUCUUGCCUGGCUACCUCAAAUUAUGGAUCCCAAAGGUGCCACCAUUGUUGCUGGGUUUGACGAUGGUGUCGUCAGAGUUCUAAAUGUCUACAAGAAGGAACUCAAGAAGCCACAGUCUGUUGAUCAAGUCGGUGCCCAGCUAGUUCUCAAGCAAGUGUUUAAACCACAUUCCAAGAAAGUCAAAGCAUUGGCAGUUGACUCCAAGGGUGAGCUGUUAGCUACAGGGGUGAGUGAUCAUUACUUUUUAUUUUAA